AUGGGUGGAAUGAGAGGAAGGAUGGGAAUCAGCUACUUGCAUUCACAUGGAGGAGGCAACGUCAACUCGAUGGCACAGCAGAGGAGGCUGGGCUCGUUGUGGAUCUUCUUGAGGCAGCAGGACGUCCGCGAGAGCAUCGCUGCUGGCAACGGCUCGAGUGACCUCUUGAGGAUCUUCUCCAUGAGCACCUGGGACGACACCAACUCCAACAUCAUGUUCUCAGCGCCCGACAGCAAGAAGGCCGAGGUGCUCGGCGACAGCGAUGUCAGCAUGGUCACCAGCUUCAGCAACAUCGACUCCCAGAUUCAGUUAGCCCUCUCGAGCUGGACAUGCCCAGCAUGGACGACUACCUGCAGCUGCAGCAGGACUCCGCCGACUACAGAGUCCAUGCCGAGCGUGGCUGCACCACUGACCCGCAGAGCAUUGCUUGGGAGGGAAAGAAGAACAAGGAUCAAUAAGAGUCUAAGGAGGCUGCAAAGAUCUCAUUCCCUACAUGGACAAGGUCACAAGGUAACUAAAUCAGCUGAAUUGAUGCACACUGUCAAUUAUGUUACGACACAGAGAUGA